GCAUCAACAAGCAAAUUUCAUCUCAAGAACAAUGGCAGACACAGAACAGUUAGAGCUCCCUUCAGAGCCCCAAAGCAGACUCGUAACAUACUGCGGAGUUUGCACUCUCCCUCCCGAAUACUGUGAAUAUGGAGGAACUGUUAAGAAGUGCCAGGAGUGGCUGGAAGCGAACCGCAAAGACAUGUACGAUGUUAUUUGGUCUGCAGAGGCAUUAGAAGCCGCCACUGCAUCGCUCUCCAUUGAGGCUCAGAAGCGCGCCGCCAAGGACGCACAAAAGAAGACCGCAAAGGCAGAAGCCGCCGAACAGAAGCAGGCUGACAAACUUGCCGCCAGCGUUGUUACCAUUAAGAGAAUCGAACGAAACAAGAAGAAGUUUGUCACAGCUGUUAUUGGCCUAGAGGCGUUUGGCCUCGAUCUCAAGAAAGUUGCCAAGGAUUUUGGCAAGAAGUUUGCCACGGGCUCAUCAGUCACGAAGCUACCGAACGGUGGUGAAGAGAUUGUGGUCCAGGGCGAUGUAAGCGACGAACUGGAGGAGUUCAUUUUGGAAAAAUACAAGGAAAUCCCAGAAGACAACAUUGAAUUCGUGGAUGAUAAGAAGAAGAAGAAGGCCGCAGCCGCAUAAAUUGAUAGAUGUAACCCUUAGUUAAACGCCGUACGAAUAUAACCCGACACAUAAUCCAAAGUGUCAAUGAUGAAGUUAAAAAGAAAACAAGAAUCCCAGCGCAACCCAUGCCUGUUUGUCGUGCAGUAUGCAACAAUCAAUAAAACGCCAUAAUUGUGAUUCUAAAUCGUUAUUAAGCUCGCUUGCGUAAAAUCCUUCCACUGCUACUGGUUUGUAGAGUACCACUAGUCUUCGUGGAGGUGGUAGCCUUUCUAACACUGCUGGUAAUAGCUUUGCGGGCAGACGAUGCCGUCGCUUUCGUGCCAGUGGGCUUUCGCACAACGGUUGUCGUGCUACUUUGGCUGGUGUCGCUCGCGUUACUCAGGCGACGUCCAACUCGAGUUGGAGGACGAGAUGGUUGGUUCCUCGAGGUGGUCACUGGCCGUGUCUUGUUGCUCAUUGCCGUUGCUGGUCGAGACGUAGAUGUUGUGGUAGCUUUCCUCGACCCUGCUGCCCGAGCAGCCUUGGCCUUCUCGACCAUGUUGGUUAGGGCGUUGAUAGCUGUUGCUGAGCGUGAUUGACCAUUGCCCUUGAGCGGUGAUCCUGGCCUACUGAGUGGAGCCUUUCUGGGCGAUGUUUCGCGAUGAGCAAGGCGUGAGUUGGAGGAGGUAGGUGAUAGGACCUGUGUAGGGCGAACGCUGCCCAUCUGCGCUCCGCGAACGCGUUUCUUAAGGUGCUCGCCAUUCUCAUUCGCAUUCUCCUUGUCACCAGAAAUCUCAUGGCUAUGCAUUGUUAGUGACGUAUUCGACACGGAAAUCAAAAGAACCUACCUCAGUCGUUUCUGGUGAUGUGCUUGUGCUGUCUUCUUUGGCUGGGUUCGCGUUGGAUAGUCCUUUGCUGGAACUGGUGGAGGCGCGACAUUUGCUGCUUUCUGUUGCUCUUGUUGAAUAAACUUCAUGAGGAGUUCUCCCAUAGUCAUCUUUCGCAGGGAUGUUGGAAUUCUAUUUAUGCGCAUCUCGAUACGCGAACGAAUGCCUUGGGCGUGGGCGUGGUACUGAGCUCUCAGUCGUCGAGCGCGUUCCGUGACUGUACCUUGGUUAGUCACCAGUGAGGUUGAAAAGGGAACUUCUACAUACCCUCAAGUUGUAAAUUAUCGAUCAAAGUUUGUUUUUGCUGAAGUGAAAUGCCAAUUUUUCUUCGUUUGAUUGGGCUUCGCUGUGGUGUCGAAGGACUAUCGCGAAUCGGUACUUUGGUAGCCAUUCUCGACUUGGACUUUUGGUCAGAAACCAGCUUUUUUGACUUGGUUGGAGCCAUCGUCGAUAUUUCUAUCUACCAAUAUUUUUCUGGAAUAAAAAUCUUGGAAAAUUAGAUGUGAAGGCUCGGCGUUGUGUUUGUG